GAUGUGGCCACGAGCGUGACGAACGGCUCGUUCGAAAAUACAACAAGGAAGUGGCCGUUUGUUGAGAAGCCAAAUAACCACCGGACCAGCCGUCUUCCUCGCCGGGGGUCGCCUCGCUCGGUUGUUGGGUGUCCGCGGGGGGGUGAAGUCACCGUGGACUCGCCCGAGAGCCCGUUUCCGACCGUCUCCAGGGAUUCUGCUUGUAGCCUGCUAGCUAGCUAGCGAUGAACACGGACGUGGAAUUUCACAUCAGGCAGAAUUAUCCGUGGAACAAGCUCCCCGCUAAUGUCAAACAGAGUUUGGGGAACUCUCAGCGCGAAUAUGAGAAACAUGUGCUCCUGUACAGCAUCCGCAACCAGCUGCGAUUCCGCAAUAACUUAGUGCGCCACGUGAGGAAAGACGAGCGCAAGUAUUAUGAGGAGCUCCUGAAGUACAGCCGGGACCACCUGAUGCUGUACCCCUACCACCUGUCCGACAUCAUGGUCAAAGGGCUACGGGUCACUCCAUUCUCAUAUUACAUAGGAAUCAUGGAGGAUAUUAUGAACAGUGAGAAGAGUUACGACUCCUUGCCCAACUUCACUGCUGCUGACUGUCUGAGGCUGCUUGGCAUUGGAAGAAACCAGUACAUUGACCUGAUGAACCAGUGCAGGUCCUCUAAAAAAUUCUUCCGCAGGAAAUCAGCACGAGACCUGCUACCAGCCAAACCAGUUGAGAUCUCUGUGGAGCCGUGGUGGGUGGCACAGACGGGCUACAUCACCGAGGACGACAUAAGGAUUUGUUCUCCAGCAGAGAAGAAAGCCAUUGAUAAGAUGAUCGAUUCUGGUCCUCAACUGGCUGGAACAAUGGAGUACAAUGUGGUCUUAAGCUUGUACAAUCGAGGCUUCAUCUACUUGGAUGUUCCCAUAUCUGAUGACAGCUGCAUCUCAGUGCCCCCACUGGAAGGCUUUGUCAUGAACCGCGUCCAGGGUGAUUACUUUGAAACGCUUCUCUACAAAAUCUUUGUGUCCAUUGAUGAGCAGACAAACGUAGCGGAGCUGGCGAAUGUGCUGGAGAUUGACUUGGACUUGGUGAAGAAUGCAGUUUCCAUGUACUGUCGCCUUGGCUUCGCUGUGAAGAAGGGGCAGGUGUUCAGCUCAGAGCAGCUCCACCCAACCUGGAAGAACGCCCCAUCUGUUAACAGACUCAAGAGCACCAUGGACCCCCAGAAGAUGCUGCUGUCCUGGGAGCAGGGCAGUCCUGUCAUGGAGGGAGGCUCCUCAGCCACCGACACUGACACCACCAGCCUGGAAGACCAAGCAGACACAGGAAGUGUUAGCAGCCUGAGCAUCCCAGCUGCACCCACCAAGAGGAUUGCCUUCCUCUUUGACUCCACCCUCACAGCCUUCCUCAUGAUGGGCAACCUGUCUCCGAACCUGAAGAGCCACGCAGUGACCAUGUUUGAGGUUGGUAAGCUGUCUGAUGAGACUCUUGACAGCUUCCUGGCUGAGUUGGAGAAGGUGGAGAGCACAGCAGAGGGCGAGGCUCAGCGUUACUUUGACCACGCUCUAACCCUGAAGAACACCAUUCUCUUCCUGCGCUACAACAAAGAACUCACUCAGGACCAGGGACCUGAUAUCCCAAAUAUCGGUUUCCCUUUGGACAUGUUGCGGUGUGAGAGCCUGUUGGGUCUGGAUCAGGCCACCUGCAGCCGCGUCCUCAACAAGAACUACAAGCUGCUGGUCUCAAUGGCGCCGCUCAGCAACGAAAUCAGACCCAUCAGCAGCUGCACGCCUCAGCACAUUGGCCCAGCCAUCCCUGAGGUGAGCUCCAUCUGGUUCAAGCUGUACCUGUAUCAUGUGACUGGCCAAGGUCCGCCAUCUCUGCUGCUUUCCAAAGGCUCCAGGCUCCGCAAACUGCCAGACAUUUUCCAGGUCUAUGACAGGUUGUUGAUCACUUCCUGGGGUCACGACCCCGGAGUCGUCCCUACGUCCAACGUGCUGACGAUGCUGAAUGAUGCCCUCACACACUCUGCUGUUCUCAUCCAGGGCCAUGGUAUGCACGGUCACGGAGAAACAGUUCACAUCCCGUUCCCUUUUGAUGAGGAGGAUCUGAAGGGAGAGUUUUCCUUCUCCAACAUGUGUGUGCACAAGGCGCUGCAGAAGCUGAAGGAGCAGGUGGAUCUGGAGCACCAGUGUGGCUACAUCACCAUGCUGAACUCCAACAACAGGCACCGUCGCAGGCCGAGUGACAGUACUGAGUGCAGAGGAGACACCCAUCUAGGUGGAGGCCUGGACACCAACGGCAGCACUGAGUCUUUUGAGCUUGUGACAGAAGAGAACAACGGGGAAACCAAAGGAAAGACAGACACCCUUUCAUGUGAAGAUGAGUGGGUCCCUCUUGAACUGUGCUUUGGCAUGCCCCUCUUCAGCUCCGAGCUUAACCGCAAAGUGUGUCGAAAGAUCGCCUCGCACAAACUGUGCAGCAAUGAGAGCCUUCAAGAGCUACUUCACUCAAGCCGAAAGCUAUCGCUCAAAGUGUUGAGCUUCGUUCAGUCAUUCCAGCAGGACGGCAGCCAGCCCUCCGACCUGGACAGCGGCGUGUCGAACCCUCUCAGUCAGCCCCCGGCGGAGUCUGGUGUCCCCCUGCCCGCCCUCAACCUCCUCUUCAAGGACGGGCAGCUGAGGGAAUGGAGCGGGCGGGCCCCUCCUCCUCUGGACAUCUCAGCCCUGCAGAAAGACCAAGCCACAUAAACCACCACCACCACCACCACCACCAAAACUUCCACAUUCAGUCACGAGGAAACGGCGUCUCAACGAAAAGGACCACCCUCUUUUGCAGCAUCACGUUACACUGAGGGAAUUCUUAUUUGUGGUCCUGUAUCUUCAUAUCCAAUCACAAGGAAAUGCCCUCGUUCAUAAUUCCACCUUCUUGUCCGUCAGUAUCCAGUCAUGGGAAGAUUUAACUCUGUCUGCACUUUGUAUUUACCUACUGUAUGAGGAAUCAUCCUUGGCAACACUAGUUACGACCCCAUUUUGCUGUUUCCCCCCUCUGUGAUUCCUCGUAUUCGUAGCAACGCAGUGUUAUCUGUUGGAGUGGUGCUAUUAUCACUAUGUAUAACAGUGAUGCAGGUAAACAGCAUUGAACCUGGAAAACGAUUUAACUGGAAACGCAAGCGUUGUUUUCCACCGACUACCCCUCCCUCACCCACACCCUCACCCUCCAAUCGAUGGAUGUUUUGUGAUCCUUGAGAGCAGAGUGUAAAGUGGUUGAUAUUGUAUAGAUGUUCUAAAACUGACCCACAAAAUAAACAUUGAAGUAUUGAACAGACUUCUUCAGGAAUCAUUUGACGAUAUGCAUAUUCUAGGACCAACUCUUUGGAACUCCCAAGUUGAGUUCUGAUACAAACCCCUGCUGCCUCCCUGUGUUGUCUCAUGUUCAGUGAUCCAAUGCAUGAUGCUGUUGCACAACUCGUACCAUAAAAAUACUUUUCCUCUUGUAAUCAAUAUUGGGGGGCAUUUAUUAUUUGCACUGUGCAGGAUUUCUCCGAACUUGUGGAUGAAGUGACGUCAUGUAAUGUUUUUUUUAAAUGUUGGAUCAUUUUCCAGAACGCACAUGAUUUUAGAGCUCACGUUUAUCAGAAGGAAGUGUUUCCUUAUGGAAACUUAGGUUAAAAAUUGACUGGGCAUCUUGAGAAACUGCAUUUUUUUAAAAAAAUCAUUUGUUAUCAUUCUUUCUCAGCAAAAAACACCAAAGACCAUUUUUUUUCUCUUUUUAAAGAUUUUUUAAACUUCUUUUUACUCUUGUUACUUUUAUUUUGUUGCCUAAUUAUUGUAGGCCAAUCAUAAACAACCAGGCCUGGAACUAAUCUGCUUGUUUGAUUUGCUUAGUUUAGUUUCUUUUAUUUCAUUAAGUUUUGCAAGUUUUUUGCGAUGUCUGUGCUUUUGAUUGAGUGCAUAUAACUAGUAAAACACUGCGUCACAAAUGAGCCUACCGCCAUCCCUGUUCAAGAAUUUGAUAAGCUCAACAAAGCGUAUCAAAUUGAAUACAGUGGGAACAGUUAGAUCUGCGUUUGACCCAACUCUGUAGCCGCUGUUGUCUGCCAGUAUCUCUCUGUGGAUCGACUCCAGCUUCUGUGCAGUGCAGUGCACUCUUGGCCAGCACACCACUCUCUCCAAGGGAUUCUGCUUACACUAUGUUUUGAAAAAAUGGGGUUUGUAGUCUAGAGAGAAGGCAACUUUGCUGUGAAGGCUGUCGCAGACCCCAGGGAUGGAAAUGCUAAUGCUUUGCCCAGCUUCUCAGUGUGAUGGCCCAAAAAGUGUCUGAAGCCUGUCAUGAAUUUUCAGUGUGGCUCCGAGAAUAUAGAGUGCUUUUUAUUCCAUUUAAAAUGGAAACCCAGUUUGCAAAGAUUUCUUUUUGAAGGAAUCUAUCUUCUGCAGUUGUUGACCCACUUGUGGUAGUUGUUUCUAAUAACGUGAUGCUGAAAUAGAAAAAAAGAAGACUAACAUGAGGUCCCGUUGAAGCAUGAUGACUGCGUAGAAACUGUUGUGUGUAUGUUGUGUAUGCGUGUGUAUUGUACACCUCACUGGUGUGUUUUCAUACACGCCUACCUUUCACAAUAAGAGUUCCCUCCCGAUCCUGCCUGUCUAUUCUCUAAUUGCAGUUACUCAGUCAUCCCCCAUCCUUCCCCAGGUAUAAGUCCACCACAGUGUUUAAAAUGCUAGUUUUAUAUGUCAGCCUAUAUUUUAGGAGAUCUUUGUUGUAGCUUGUUUAAUGGGACUGUGAAUAUCAUUGACUGAGUUAAUAAUGAUGAUGCUCUUGUAAUUAAAUGGGUUAAAAAAAAAGAAGAAAGUGACAUUCCUUCACCAUGCCCUUCCUCCAACCUUCCUCCAUCUUCUCCAGAUACAUAUUAUUACAAAUAAAUAUGUAAAAAGUAUAUGAAAAUAUAAAUAAAUAUGUAAUAAGAGCGAACUCUUUUUCCUCCCUGAA